AUGGAUGUUACAAUAGGAAGCAGACCAGCGCGUAGAAAAAGCUCUACUGGCAUAGGACAUCUUCGAGCUAUCCCUUGGGUUUUUGCUUGGACACAAACAAGGUUUGUUCUUCCAGCUUGGCUCGGUGUAGGAGCUGGUCUAAAAGGAGUCUCUGAGAAAGGCUAUGUGGAUGAUAUUCAACAGAUGUACAAAGAGUGGCCAUUUUUUCAGUCUACCAUUGAUCUUAUAGAGAUGGUCUUAGCUAAAGCAGACAUUCCCAUUACCAAGCACUACGACGAACAACUUGUCUCCGAGAGUAGAAGAGGACUUGGUGACAUGUUGAGGAAAGAGUUGAUGACUACUGAGAAGUAUGUUCUUGUGAUAACUGGACGUGAGAAACUCUUGGACAGCAAUAAGAGCUUAAAGAAACUCAUAGAGAGUAGACUUCCGUAUCUUAACGCAAUGAACAUGUUGCAAGUUGAGGUACUCAAGAGGCUAAGACGUGAUGAAGAUAACAAUAAGCUUAGGGAUGUAUUGCUCAUUACAAUCAAUGGUAUUGCUGCAGGAAUGAGAAAUACCGGUUAA